AUGGCGCAGGAGAAGGAAGAACGAAUUGCGCGUCUCGAGUCCACCAACCGCGAUCUCAGACAGCAGCUGCAAGUCGUCGGGUACGAGCCCGCAGAGACGAUGGAAGGGCCGCGAGAUGAAGAAGAGGGCACCCUGAAGCGACGACGCAAGCGGAAGCGCAGAAACAGGAGGAAGCAGCCCGAACACAGCAAGAGGAACAAGAAUGAGAGCUGCAGUACCACCGAGACGGAGCUGGACGACGAGAAGGGCGUGGCCGCACCGCCAUUGCUCGUGAAGCAGGAAGUUGUCGAAGAGACCACGACGACGACUUGCGAGAGCGCGGGAACGCAUGUGGAGGUCGACCAAGCGCAGAGGGAGAACGACGAGGUGCUGGAAGCGAGACUGGAACCGAAGGAGAAGGAGAAGGACGAGCUGUGUGUGGAAGAGAAACAACAGGGCCAGGAACAGCAGGCCGACCAGGAGGCGCAAGUGGCGGGAGAAGCGAGUGAGGUUGUGCGAAUGCUGCAGGACAUGUUUCCAGGCACAUCAGCGCAGGUCAUUGAGCACACCCUGGGCGAGGUGGCGGGCAGCACCGAGAAGGCCAUCGACUGCCUCCUCAACCUCUGCACCGCACUCGACCUUACUCGCGCCGAAUCGGAGGGCGCCAGGCCGAAUAUAGCUCCUUCUUCAGCUGCACCAACAUCUACAUCUACAUCUACAUCUACGUCCACCUCUUCCUCAUCUUUCUCUUUCACCACUCCCUCCAUCUCCUCGACGCGAUCGGCCCACGUGUCGAGCCCAUCACGGCAAAGCCCACGCCCUGUGCCGUCUUUCUCAUCGUCUUCGUCUUCGUCAUCAUCAUCGUCGGCGCCAAUCACCUACACGAGGGCAUCUUCGUCCGUGCUGGGAGAGCCCGACGAGGACGCUGGCGUGACCUGCCUGAGCGAACAGCAACAGCGAGCGCUGGAUUUGGCCGAGCGUGGCUAUUCCAUGUUCCUCACCGGCAGUGCCGGCACCGGCAAGUCCUUCUUACUCCGCCAGAUGAUCGAACGCCUACGUCUCAAGCACGGCCCCGAAGCUGUGGCCGUCACCGCUUCUACGGGUGUGGCUGCGAUCAACAUCGACGGCAUGACCCUGCACAAGUGGGCGGGCGUUGGCCUGGGGAACGAGGGAAUCAAGGUGAUGCUGGGCCGCGCCUUCGGCAAACGAAAAGAGUACAAGCAAAUGCGAGUGCUCAUCAUUGACGAAAUAAGCAUGCCUCAGAUCAAGUCGGACCUGUUCGACCAGCUAGAGUACAUCGCGCGAAGAGUCCGCAACUGGAAGAAGGUGCCCGCGAAGGAGAAGCCAUUCGGAGGCAUCCAGCUUAUUUGCUGCGGCGACUUCUUUCAGCUCUCCAAGGUCUUCCGCCAAAAGGACGAACGGUUUCAGGGUAUACUGAAUGAGAUCAGACAGGGCGCCUGCUCCGACGAAUCCAGACGUAUUCUCAACGAGUACGUUUGA